UUUUUUAGGGUGGAGGGGGGGGUGCAAGGAGGAGGAAGAGGGGGUAGGCGGCUGUUGGGCGGCGAGAAGCUUGAGGACCAGACGUUGACUGCCGUUUCGUCACCGGAACGGCGGACUUGUAUUGUCGACACUCGCUGCCUCGAGGACCGCAAUGUUGAAAACGGUUGGAAUGGACCGGGCUGCGGAUGACAAUCAGCGGGGACGUCUUCCUUUUUGAACAGAAGGGCGUGGGGGGGUGGGGGGGACUUUACGGAUGCCUGCGAAUGUGCCAAGUCUGAGUUCCCGCAUGCCCUACCCAAUUCCUGCGCUCUACCUGACUGCAGUCUUGGCCCCGCACCCUGACGUUGAGUGAUUCGUAAUUGCCUCCAAGGGCAAUCGCACAGCAAGACAACAACAACAACGACGACGAGGAGGCAAGACUCUUGAGAGUCGGGAGCCCCGCUGCAGUGGAAUGUGGAGGUGGCAGGGCUGGUGAGUCAUUCACCUCGGCAGAUGCAAGAAAUUAUUCAUCACCGGUGAACAGCCAAGAAUACAUAAUUUACGAGGACCAAUUUCCGACGGGGAGACCAAAAUGAAGGACGCCUCGUUCGUGGAUCGUUUCUUUGUCGGCUUGGCCGUGGCCUCUUUUGUGGUGGCCGCCGACCAAAGGCCGGACUGCCCCCAAGCGUGCACGUGCGAGAACAGACCCUGGUUCUCUCCCAGUUCUGCGUACAUGGAGGCGCAGACUGUCGACUGUAACGAUCUGGGACUAUUUAACCUGCCGGAGAAACUACCGGCGGGUACGCAAGUUCUGCUGCUGCAGACAAACAACGUGGCGGCGAUAGACCGACCCUUGGAUUACCUGGCCAACGUCACGGAGAUCGAUUUGUCGCAAAACAACAUCUCGUCCGUGAUGGACGUCCGUCUCGGGACCCUGCCGCAGCUUCUGUCCCUGCACAUGGAGGAGAACAGGAUACGAGAACUGCCCGACCAAAGUCCCGUGGACGCGGCCAAUCUUCAAGAGCUCUACCUGAACCACAACCUCAUUUCCUCCAUUUCCCAAAUGGCCUUCCGGGGUCUGGGCAAGCUCCUACGGCUCCACCUCAACUCCAACAAGCUGACGGUCAUCCGCAGCGAGUGGUUCCGGCCCAUGCCGAAUCUGGAGAUUCUCAUGAUCGGCGAGAAUCCCGUGCUUUCGAUCCACGAGAUGAAUUUCAAACCUCUGGGCAGCCUGCGCAGUCUCGUCCUGACCAGAAUGAACCUGUCUCAGCUCCCCGACGGCGCUUUGGCCGGCCUGGAUAACUUGGAGAGCAUCUCCUUCUACGAUAACACCUUCCCAGAGGUGCCGCAUUCCGCCCUGAGAAACGCGAAAAACCUCAAGUUUCUGGACCUGAAUAAAAACCCGAUUGCCAGGAUACAGCGAGGGGAUUUCGCCGACAUGCUCCAUUUGAAAGAGCUCGGGAUUAACAGCAUGCCGGAGCUCGUCUCCAUCGACAGCUUUGCCCUCAAUAAUCUGCCCGAGCUGACAAAGAUAGAAGCCACCAACAACCCCAGACUCUCCUACAUCCACCCCAACGCUUUCUACAAACUGCCGCGACUGGAAACGCUCAUGCUCAACGGCAACGCGCUCAGCGCCCUCCACCGAAUCACGGUGGAGUCGCUCCCCAACCUCCGAGAGGUGAGCAUGCACAGCAACCCCAUUCGCUGCGACUGCGUGGUCCGCUGGAUGAACAUGAACAAGACCAACAUUCGCAUCAUGGAACCCGACUCGCUGUACUGCGUCGAGCCUCCGGAGUACGAGGGCCAGCGCCUCCGGCAGGUGCACUUCAGGGAGAUGACGGAGAUCUGCCUGCCGCUCAUAUCUCCCGAAAGCAUGCCGGGGCACGUCAAAGUGCGAGGCGGGAGCUCCGUCUCGCUACACUGCCGGGCCUUUGCCGAACCGGAGCCGGAGAUCUACUGGAUCACUCCUUCCGGGGAUAAAGUGCUACCCAACACGGUAUCCGACAAGUUCUCCAUGCACCCGGAGGGAACCUUUGACAUCUACGACGUGACCGAAAAGGAAGCCGGGCCUUACACCUGCGUCGCCCACAACCUGGUCGGAGCCGAUCUCAAAUCCGUUUCGGUGGAGGUCAACGGCUACUUCCCCCAACCCGCAAACGGUUCCCUCGUAGUCAAGGUCAAGUCGGUGGCGACAAACUCCGUCCUGGUCUGGUGGAAGGCGAGCCCGGGGACUCUGGCUCCCAGCGUCAAGUGGUACGCUCCGUCCGACCAUCGCCACCCCGCCGCUUCCUUCUCCGCCAGGGUGCCCUCUGACGUCCGAAGCUACAACCUGACCCAUCUCAGCCCCGCCACUCGUUACGUCGUCUGCGUGGACGUCCGCAGCAUCCACUACAAGCGCGACACCAAAUGCGUCAAUGUCACCACCGAGGGAUUAGCGCCGGCGGCCAAGGACGCCCAAAAAUGGGACGCGGCGCUAAUCGCAUCCGUUGGCGUGCUCCUGGCUGGGAUUUCCGGGGGCUGUCUGCUUAUUUAUGCGUCCCUACGGAUCCACCGACUUCACGGGGAUUUAAGGAAGCGCCGCUCCAAAGCCGCGCUGUUACCAGGGGAAGCCGGCGACGGGCGCCCUCCUUUCUCCACCAAGCUUCGCUUUUCGGGAAGGGUGCUGCCCGGCGGCGUGGAAGUCAAAGCCGCCGUCAUAAACGUGUCCGACGAUGCCUUUUAAAAGGAGCUACGCCAAUCGGACUCGAUGACAAGGCAAAGGGGGUUGGACAACGACGCCGUACCGACGCUCUGGCAAGACUACUCUUGGGCUAGGGAGGGACCGGCGUCAACUCCAAAUAGCCGAUGGGGCGGCUUACUAACUGCGACGUCGAGCCAAACCGUCCGUCCACCGGAUUGCGGUGGGGGGGGGGGGGGCACCUACUGCUGAAAGACGCAUUUGAGUACGGUUCGUACAGCAACGCCGGCGGCGCCAAGAAAGCGAAGAGACGGAGGGUCAGCGCUCUUGUAACUGACUGUUCAAUUUGUCCUGAGUUGUGGAAAUUGUCUGUGUGGUCCCAAGCAAUACCGUCUGUGCUUUGUCAAAAAAAAAACAUCCAUAGACGAGUUAGCGAUACAGUAAUAACACCCGACUAUACCAGGGAGGCUGGGGGGGUAGAGAUUUCGUAGACUAGACAAAUAAACAGUGAACUGCGGUGUCAAGCCUUUUGAUGAAACAAAGGCCCCACCCCCUCCCCGUUUUCUAUUUAAUUGAUUUUUCAUGCAACUAUCGUUAUUUCUUCGAUUACGUUAACGUCACCACCGAUCCUGUGCAUCGCAGCGGUUUAAAUAAUUGGCUUUAAAUUCAGGCAAGCGGCCGCCUAUUAAGCUUCGUGGACUUGCGCUACCAAACGGCCGCCCGGGGGGGGGGGGGGGGGGGGAGGAAACGGCGCGUCGUUGUCUUUUCGACCGAUUGCGACAAAAGCUGAGGUGGCCGUAAAUCGUCGCGUGGUCUACCCUGGUAAGUGCCUAAAAAAAACAAUACGAAAUUAAAAAAAAACAAAAAGAAAGAGAAAAAGAACUACAUUGAUAGCAGCAAAAAAUAAAACAAAACCAAAAAAAAAAAUUGUACACAUUGUACUCAUUUCCCAAGCUAUUCUCCAGUAUGACGUGACGAAUACCCUGUCAAGUAUUUUUAGCAAAUAUGUUUGGAAAAAAAAAAAACUAUUUUGUUGUUGCUUUGGGUGUCAAGUUAAAAGCCAUUUUUAUAUGAUAACUGUUCUAUAUGUGAUCGACGGGCACAGCCAACUUAUUACGCAAAGUGCUAAGAAAAUAAUAAAUGUCAUUGUUUCUUUUACAAACCAAA